AGAAGGGUAUAGAUAGAGACAUGUCGUCGAGGCAAGGUGCCCAAGUGCACAUGCACAAACACUGGACACGCCAGCAAAGGGAAAGAUAAACACAAAGCAAAGAAAAGCAUGGUGCCAUGGAUGGAAGCCACACUAAGUUUAUUCAAAAUUCUUUUUUUUGUUUCUUCUUUAACCCAUCAAAGUAACCGAAACACAUAGCACAAGCAACCGAAUGAAAGAAAGGAAGAUCGAAAUUACCUUUUGUUUGAUCAUUUUGAUGUUUAACACCGGUAGAUAAACAAACUUAGACAUCUGAAUCUCAACUUUCAACUCUCUUUCUGUUUUCAAGAACAUCAAAAAAUAUUGUUGAUAGUGAUGGCGGAGGGGGGUUCACGAGAGAUGGAGAUGUCGAUAGCAGCGUCUUCAAUGUUUCCCGGGUUCAGGUUUUCACCAACUGACGUUGAGUUGAUUUCUUUUUACUUGAAGAAGAAGAUGGAAGGCUCUGACAAUUGCGUGGAGGUCAUUUCUGAGAUUGAGAUAUGUAAAUACGAGCCUUGGGACUUACCAGCAAAAUCCAUCAUCAAAUCUGACAAUGAGUGGUUCUUCUUCUGCGCUCGUGGGAGAAAAUACCCAAAUGGGUCACAAAGUAAGAGGGCAACUGAACUGGGUUAUUGGAAGGCCACUGGAAAAGAGCGUAAUGUAAAGUUAGGUAAUAAUGUGAUUGGCACAAAGAGGACUCUUGUGUUUCACAUAGGCCGGGCACCAAAAGGAGAAAGGACUGAAUGGAUUAUGCACGAGUAUUGCAUGGCGGGAAGUUCUCAGGAUUCUCUAGUAGUUUGCCGUCUUAGAAAGAAUAGCGAUUUUCAUCUGAAUAAUACUCCAAACCAAGCUUCCAGGACUAGAAGAAAUCCUCACAGUAUCUGUACUGCAUCAGGAGGUACUGAGGUGACCGAGACGUCUGAAGGGGACAAGGGUGUUGAAUCCUGUUCAAAAAAAUGUAGUAGUAGUCAUGAUUCUUAUUCUAUAGAGCAAACUAAUUCAAUUAAUGUAGCCGAGCUGAAACUGGUGGAUGAUGUUAAUCUGACAGCAUCUUCCAGUCACCAAAAGGAUACUGAUAUUAAUGAAGAUUUAUUUGCUGAGAUACUGAAAGAUGAUAUAAUAAAGCUAGAUGAAACUUCAUUUUCUACCACACUUAACCUUUCACCAAUGGUUGGUAAUGAUAUGGAAGCUGAGAGAAACUCUCAACAGCCCGCUUCACUUCCAGCAGUUCCAUUCCAAGGAACAGCGAAUGAAUUUCUAGCUGAAUAUCCAUUUCCAGGAGAUCCUUCACAGGGCACAGCAAACCGAAGAAUCAAAUUGGGAAAGCAUAAGCUAAAGCUCUCUCGUUUUGGGCAGUUGGAAAUAAAAACUAAAUCUCAUAAUACGGAUCAGUCUCAUACAUGUUUUCUCACUAUAUUUUCGAGUAUGAGCAAUCAUGAGAGGCUUGUAUCUGUAGUGUUCUGUAUCCUGACUUUGCUGGCUCUAGUUCUGUUUCUAUUUAGAGGUUUCAUCCCCUCAAAAAUGUCAUAUUUGCUACUUUAAACAAUAGUGUCUGGGACUGAAUGUGAAAAUCAAAUUACUAUAAUAUUUCUAUGGCUAAUGUAAAUCGAAAGUUGGUGGUUUUUAAUGGCAAGUGAGGCUUUUCUAUA